AAGAGACGUGGAUUAAAAUGGGCAGUAUUCGACGGAAUGCGUCGCGAUGUUACUAAGAUCAGUAUGGCUUGAAAUCUCUCUCUCUCUCGCGAGCGUGUAAAGUAUCGAUUUAUUUUCGCCAAGCGUUUUAAGUAAUGAAAGCGGUCGCGCAAUUUUCAUACGCAAAUGCACAAUGGUACUAAUUUCACAGAGCGACGAGGAAUCGACGUGCGAGGGGCCGACUUCGAAAUACGCGCAAUACACGGGCGUGUUUACGGCGACACUUGCCGCGUUUUCAAUAGGCACGUAUUUGUCGUGGACAUCAUCCGCUUUGUCGCUUUAUAACAAGAACGACACGCUAUCCGUUAGCGAUCAGGAAGGCUCUUGGAUUUCUUCCUUAGUUCCUCUCGGCGCUAUCCCGAUUACUAUACCGGCGGGACUGUUGGCGGAUAAGUUUGGUCGGAAGAGAACAAUUUGGGCGAUAAGCGUACUCUUAUUUUUGUGCUGGUACAUUAUCGGAUUCGCACAGAAUAAAAUAUGGAUUUUUCUGGGUCGGUUUGUUGCGGGAGGAGCGAGCGGCGCAGCAUCCGUCGUUGUUCCCAUGUUCACUUCCGAGAUCGUUGAGCAGAGCAUUCGGGGCUUACUCGGCACCAUUUUCCAGUUGCAAAUCGCUGCCGGAAUUCUCUUCGCAUAUGCCACUGCUUUCACCGAUAGUUUGCACGUCAUUGCGAUACUAUGUUCCGUGGUGCCCGCUUUGCUUUUGAUCUUGUUCCCGUUCAUACCGGAAUCACCGGCAUGGCUGGUCAUGCAAGGUCGGAAGGACGAAGCGAAUGACGUGCUGAAACACUUCAGAGGUGCUCACUAUCGUACCGAAACGGAAUUGACUAGACUCGAGCUCCAAGCUUCGGAAAUGCGUGAAGCUCAUAAAGCCAGUAUUUUUGAUCUGAGAAAUUAUCAGAAAGCGAUUUGCAUCACUCUCGGCCUAAUGAUUUUCCAGCAACUUUCUGGCGUUUAUACUUUAAUAUUUUACGCAAAAAUGAUAUUUGAUGACGCGGGUUCAACUCUUAUCGUUAGCUCAUCCACGUCGUCGGUGAUCGUGGGUACCGUGCAAGUGGUUGCCACUUAUUGUUCAACUAUUCUGAUUGAACGCGUUGAUAAAAAGCUACUCUUGUUCAUUAGUAUGUCAGUGAUGGCUACUUGUAUGUUUACAUUGUCGGGAUACUUUCAUUUUCAGAACGCGCACGAUCUAUCGAGCGUCUCUUGGAUCCCUUUGCUCUCCUUUACGCUAUUCAUCGCGAUCUUCAGCAUCGGCUUCGGUCCGAUACCGUGGUUGAUGGUCGGCGAAUUGUUCACGAACAACAUGAAGAGGACGGCGAGCGCUGCCACCGCAAUAUGUAAUUGGACGCUGGCUUUUCUGGUGACAAAAUGCUUCCAGGACAUGAUCGAUCUUAUGGGGUUCUCCUCGUCCUUUGCCACAUUCGGCAUGAUAAGCUUAAUUGGAACUAUAUUCGUUUCCACGAUGGUGCCGGAGACGAAGGGCAGAAACGUCGAAGAGAUUCAAAUUGAAUUGUAUGGAACGCAAAUUAGUACCCUAGGCGAAAGAGAUCCCGAAAUAUGAUGAUAAAAUAAUUCACUUAAUAGUUGAAAUACUUCUUCAAAUCAUAUAUAGUAAAA